AUGACACUAACCCUCCCUCCUCUCGGCCCUCCCACUCUGCAAAAUGAGAUCACCUUCUACCCAGUCAAGCCCGGCGAGACCCUCGGUGACAAGUACCAAGCAUUCGUCAAACUUGGCUGGGGCCAACAACGACGAGGCAUGGAGGACUACAUCGCCAAACAAAAUCCCUCGCACAUGGGCCAUGCGAUGAUCCGCACAUGUCUUGAGUCGUUUGAGAUCCCCCAUCCCGAGGAUCAAGAGGCGAAGCACCUGUGUCUGGUAUACAAGCCGAUGAGGGAGCCGUUUUGGUUAUACCAGAGACGAUUUGUUGAUGAGACGAUCCCGUUGCCUUUAAUCAAGGCGUAUCUGACGCAGAUACUUGGGGGUCUGGAUUACUUGCAUUCGGUCUGUGGGGUUGCGCAUAAUGGUGAGUUUUCUCUGUUUGUUUCUGGGUCUGGAUUUGGAUUAUUGGACGUUGGCUUUGUAGAUAUUAAACUCGACAACAUCCUAGUCUCAUUCGAGAACGAAAGCAUCAUCCAGGAAUUCAUGGACGCACAUCUCACAGAAACAAUGGAGUACAAAAUCGACUCCGCAGGUCGACAUAUUUUCAGCCGCCACAACGACUUCGGAUUCCUGAGCAGCUUCAAUGAGAUUACGAGCAUAUUACCCACGAUCACCGACUUUGGAACAGCCAUGCGACUCAACCCAGGCGAACGCGGCGUCUUCCCCACGCACCCAGAUCACUACCGUCCACCAGAAGCAACCUUAGGCUGUGGCUGGGAUCAUAGUGGUGAUAUUUGGAUGGUGGGUAUUCUCACAUGGGAAUUCAUCGAACACACGGAUUUAUUCGAGCAAUAUAAACCUAACGGCAGGUACUGCGCACGACACCAUCUAGCCGAGAUGAGCGCCCUUCUUGGUCCACCUCCUCAGGAACUCAUCGAGAGAUCUGAUAAGAUGAUUGAGAAGAAGUGGCCGGUGGCUGUGAGGCGCGAAGAAGGUAAAUUCCUAUACGAAGGCCUCAUUCCACCGCGAAAACUGGAGGACACUGUUCCUUCUCUGGAUAAUGAGGAGAAGGCAAAAUUCCUGGAUUUCGUCAAGGGCAUGCUUGCCUGGCUUCCGGAAGAUAAGAAAUCGGCGAAGGAGUUGAUGAAACAUCCAUUUCUCAAUUUCCGAAAAUAAAUCCAUGUACAUUGCUGUAUGCAUACAAACUACAGAGUAGCUUAUAUUCAAUUAUUUACCGCAACGGAUGCCUCAAAACAACCUUCCCAAACCCGCUCCCAAAACCCGCCAAUUCCCUCAAUUCCUUCAACGCCUCCUCCGCGCUGCCCUCAAAGAUCUUGACCACGGGCAUCUCAAACUUCACACCAUAAUUCUCAACAGCCCAGAGAAACGCCUUCCGCGCGCGCUGGUUAUCCUUCGGACGCGCAGGGAUGGUAAUGGUACCGGGAGCACCGGGUAGCUCG